AUGGGAAUCUGCAUUUCCCUCGCCCGUAGAUCGCCCUUCUCCCGCAACAAACGCCCUAACAAUCAUACUCAAAAAUGCAACCUCAAGAACCCGAACCGCAACAAGCUCCGGUCAUCCUUCAACGUGCUCAAAAAUCCCUACCAAAAUGACAUCUCGGAGAGGUAUGAGCUGGGGAAGGAGAUGGGGAGGGGGGAGUUCGGGGUGACAUACCGGUGCCGCGACCGCGAGACGGGAGAGAGCGCGGCGUGCAAGAAGAUAUCCAAGAGCAAGCUGAAGACGUACGUCGACAUGGAGGACGUUAGGCGGGAGGUGGAGAUCAUGAAACGCCUGCCUAAGCAUCCCAACAUCGUGGCCUACAAAGACGCCUACGAGGAUAAGGACGCAAUAUAUCUUAUUAUGGAGCUCUGCCAGGGCGGAGAGCUCUUCGACAGGAUUGUUAAGAGAGGGCAUUACAGCGAGCGCGCCGCAGCCGCCGCCAUCAAGACGAUGCUCGAGGUCGUCAAGGUUUGCCACGAGCAUGGCGUUAUGCAUAGAGAUCUUAAGCCGGAGAACUUCUUAUAUGCAGACAACACUGAAACCGCCCCUCUAAAGGCUAUCGACUUUGGCCUUUCUAUAUUCUUCAAACCAGGUCAAAGGUUUAAUGAAUUAGUAGGAAGCCCAUACUACAUGGCCCCUGAAGUCCUAAGGCGCAACUAUGGACCAGAAUGUGAUGUUUGGAGCAUUGGUGUCAUUCUCUACAUCCUCUUAUGUGGUGUUCCUCCUUUCUGGGCAGAAGCUGAAGAGGGAAUAGCUCGCGCCAUCGUGCGAGGCCGGAUUGAUUUCAGAAGGGAUCCGUGGCCUAAAAUCAGUGAAGACGCCAAGAACCUUAUCCGAGGCAUGCUGCAGCAGAACCCGUCUCAACGUCUCACUGUCGAUCAAGUCUUAGCAAGCGAAUGGAUACAGCUUGCGGACAGUGCACCGGACAUUUCUCUGGGCGAGGGCGUCCAGGCUAGAAUCAAGCAGUUCUCCUUGAUGAACAAGUUCAAGAAGAAGGUUCUUGGAAUAGUAGCAGGAAACUUGCCUGAUGAACAAGUGAAGGGGAUCAAGCAAAUGUUCCUGAUGAUGGACACAGACAAAAAUGGAAACUUGGAUUUCCAGGAGCUCAAGGACGGUCUGCGUAUGUUGGGACAAUCUGUUCCGGACCAUGAUGUUCAGUUACUAUUCGAGGCUGUGGAUAUGGAUGGGAAUGGGAGACUCGACUGUGAAGAGUUUAUGACGCUAGCUGUGCACAUGAAAAAAAUCAUGGUCGGAAGCGAGGAGCUUCUGCGACAAGCCUUCCUGCACUUCGACAAGAACAACAAUGGAUACAUUGAGUUCGACGAGCUGCAGGAGUGCCUGGAAGGCGACCAUUUAGACGCCAACUAUCAUCAAGUCCUACACGACAUUAUAGGCGAUGCAGACCUCGACAAAGAUGGGCGUAUCAGUUAUCCUGAGUUUAAGGCGAUGAUGACGACUGGGACAGACUGGAAGAUGAGUUCAAGGCAGUACUCAAGGGAAAUGCUCAGCGCUCUAAGCUUCAAGCUAUUCAAGGACAGUACUAGACCUUCAGUUGAUGCGAAAUAAUUCGAUUCCAAUUUUCAUUUCUAUACAUAUGCCUGUUUCUACACUCAAUGCAAUAGCAGAUUUAAGAGAAGGGAAUC